CUAUAACGGCCUAACACUUUAUUCCUCCCUGUGUUUUCCAAAGAGACCUAUCCCGAAAGUAGCUGUUCAAGCCAUUUAAGAUCCACGAAUCAAAGAUCUACGAAUAACAAUGUUAAGCCAGCUAGUACUGAUAGAAAGCAAAAAUUAACGAAACUCGACCAGAGUGGCAAUAUUGAUCUACGUACAACAGCGACUACGUACGACCAUGUCGCUGAGUGCGAACAGUGAGCACGAGUUGUUAUCACACUUAAUUGGACCAGUUCGACGUUUUGGCGUCCGCAAAUGUAAGCGACGUUUCCUGCAGGGUGGUUUAGAUCCUGUGGAAGUGGAACCGGGACUCGACCUAUUCCGACGAAUUUAUUUAAAAUUUUAUGAUCAUAUUUUGUAUCUGCUUCUUGUUGGAAAGCUUCAAAAGAAUGACUUGUGGCAGGAACUAUUCCGCUUAAUUUAUAAUAGAUUGCCUUUCCCUCGUGUAAGUGAGAGAAUUUCGUCUGAUGGCACGCGCACGUGGCACAGGUUUCAGCACCAUCCUCUUUCGCCGGAAGAUCAUAUGCCAAGCGGAGAUACUCUUCGCGUUGCAUGUAACGCUUACACACGAGCCAUUCCUCGGCUGCGCGUCUGUAUCGGAACUAUUGAUGACGACGGUAACGAGUUGGAACCCAACAAUCACUGCAUUUAUAUGCAACAGCCCGGUGAAGGUCAAUGGAUUGUUGACUGGAACUAUCGAGAUAUUAAGAUAAACUGGGAAAGUUCAGAAUGGUGGCUGCAAACUCGAUUCUGGUUAUAUACUCCCGACGAUUUAUAUGGCGGCCAAGAUGCAAGCCAAAAUGGUAAUGAAAAUGCGGGCCAAAACGGCAACCAAGACGAAAACAAAGGCAGAAGUCAAGAUGAUGACCCAGAAGAGGGUCAAACCGGAAGUCCAAACGUGGGUCGAAAUGCAGAUCUGCCCGAACGCCCACCCGAUAACUCACGGGCAGAUCCAAGUUUAAAACAACUCAAAUUCCGCAAAGUAGAACUUGAGCCUGAGGUGCUCUGCAGCAACCAUCAUGUAGCUGUUCUGCACGACGCAUCUGAGGAGGCCGAGGAGUUCGCUCUCAACGAAAUCAAAUGUGUGUAUGUUUUCUAUAUCUAUUGGUGGGCAGCCGAUCGCCCAAGGGCUGAAGGGGUGGCUCCGGAAAUAAAGCUUAUUGUGCGUAUACACUGGCCGUAUUUGCAGCAAGCUCUACCUACGGGUACAGAGGAGCCCACCGUUGAAGCCGGAAGUUUAGUUACUCCAAAAGUCAACGUAAAAUCCUGGCUCGAUAAACGACUGAAGCAUCGCGAAAUAAGUUCGCGCGGUUUAACUUUGCUUAGUGGGCAAGGCAGCACAACUGAAGAUCUGCACUGAACAAGCGACAUCAAUACCAAUUGCAACGAUAGAUAUUUCUCUUGUAAUAUAAAUUAAAUGAUUAUAAAAUCGUG